GCGCCCCGCGGGAUGCGCGGCCCCUCGGCCGGGCGGAGCGGGCACAGCGCGCCCGGCGUGCUGCCAUCCUUUGGAUUCCUGUUUGACAUCGAUGGGGUGCUGGUGCGAGGCAGGACCCCCAUUCCUGCUGCCAGAGCAGCCUUUGGCAAGCUGGUCAACCCUCAGGGACAGUUCCUGGUGCCCGUGGUCUUUGUCACCAACGCUGGGAACUGCCUGCGCCAGAAGAAGGCUGAGCAGCUGUCCCACCUGCUGGGGGUUCCAAUUUCCCAAGAUCAAGUGAUGAUGUCCCACAGUCCCCUGCGGAUGUUCAAGCGUUAUCAUAAAAAAUGUGUCCUGGUAUCUGGACAAGGACCCCUUCUUGAUAUUGCUCAAGACCUUGGCUUCUGCCAGCCCAUCACCAUAGACACUCUGAGGGAGAAACGCCCUCUGCUCGAUGCAGUUGACCAUGACAGAAGACCCAAUGUCCUGUCCCCGUCUGCUGUGGAGCUUCCCAAGAUUGAGGCUGUGGUGCUGUUUGGGGAGCCAGUGAGAUGGGAAACCAGCCUGCAGCUGAUAAUUGAUGUUCUGCUGACCAGUGGCUAUCCUGGCAACCCCUAUGGGCAGGAAAACUACCCUCACAUUCCUGUGCUGGCCUGCAACAUGGACCUGAUGUGGGUGGCUGAGGCACAGUCCCCAAGGGACAAUGUGAUGACGGAUGUGUACGGAGCCAACCUGUACAACCGCUACCUGCAGGCCCGCAGCCCCCGAGCCCGCCUGCAGGCCCAGGCUGCUGCAGGCCCAGCCCCUUCCCUGCUCGCCCAGCGCCUCCAGCCUGGCCUCAGCUGGCACACGGAGCUGGCCCCUGCAGGCACAGCCCCCGGCCUCAGCUGGCACACGGAGCUGGCCCCUGCAGGCACAGCCCCCGGCCUCAGCUGGCACACGGAGCUGGCCCCUGCAGGCACAGCCCCCGGCCUCAGCUGGCACACGGAGCUGGCCCCUGCAGCUGCUGCCCACUGCAGGUCUGUGCUGGUCUGCACCGGCGUGUACGACCCCCACAGCGAGGUGGCCCUGCCCAGCAGGGACAGCGUGGCUGAGAACGUGUUCCACGGGCACCGGGAUUUCAGCUUCGACCCCGCCUUGGUGGAGCCAGACCACAUUGUGCCCGACGUGGAUGCUGCUGUAGACCUGGUCUUCCAGCUGGAGAACUUUGCACCUCGUUGAGGUGACGGGGAUUUCUUAAGGACCACUCAGUGCUGUGCUUUUCUUGCCCGAACACACUGUGCUUUACAGGAGUGCCACAAAGUGCUGCCUUCUAAAUUUUUUAACCUCUGAAUCAAUACAAUCUUCUAUUAGGUAUGGUUAUCAGUAGUACAUGUAGGUACAUGUGUGUGUAAUUAUAUUAAAUAUCAAUAAUGCUUUUUAUAGUGCUUCUAAAUAUGUAAUUUAUGGCUGGAGUUACCCUUUACUGUCUUCCUCUUUGUUAUGUUAGGGACUUUAAUAGCAAUAUUUCAUAGUAACCUAUUCAUGUACUGGUACUUAAAUCCCUCCACAACAGCACCUCCUUUUGUUUGCUGGAAGAUUUAGUCUUGAGGAUCUUGAGGAUACCAGAUUGUGGUGCUGUGGUCACUCAGUCCAUUCCACGUGGGCUGUACAGAGCACAACAAGUAUUAAUGCCUGGAAUUCUGCAAGUACUGAAUGCUCCCUUCAAUCAGAGUGGAGUUCAAUCUGUUCCACUUUGAACCUGCUCUCAUCUGACCUGCUGCUGCCUUUCCUUGUGUCUGUUCUCCCAUGUCCCUGGAGUUUUAUUGCUCCUCUCUGCUGUGUGAAGCCUUAAUUGUGUUGGAACUCCACAGUCCAGGAAGGGAAGCAGCAGACCUGGGUGCCCUCUGUGGCCUUUUUGCUCUUUGCCUUUCUAUAAGCACUUUCUUUUUUUUCUCUUCUCUUCUCUUCUCUUCUCUUCUCUUCUCUUCUCUUCUCUUCUCUUCUCUCUUCUCUUCUCUU